AUGCAUCCCCCAUUUGUCCGCCACAUUUUUUUCGGCAGAAAGGUCAAGCCGGACGAGGCCGUUCGAAAGCCCGGGCGGUUUUUGGCCGGCUGCCAGAUCGAUUCGACUGGCCAGGGCGAGAAGAACCCCCUCAACCAGCAAGUCUACGUCCAAACACAACCACAACGGCCGAACGUCGUUUUUGCAGCUGAUGGACAACCGUUAACCCCUUCCUCCAACCUCGACUCCUGGAACAAUGCUGUCAUGGACAUGGACCGGACGAUGGCGAUUCGGGCAAAAAUUGGCCUAAAAGUUGCCAAUCGGUUCCAAGUCGUGCAAAAGAUCAACUUUGGCUCCUACGGCACCAUCUACUCGGCCGUCGACCUGAAGGAGAACGGGAAGCUGGUGGCUGUCAAGUUUGAGACUUCUACCGAAGACGCGCAUCUGAAGUAUGAAUACGAGGUGUACCGUGUGCUAGCUGGUGGCCCGAAGAAGAAACGGAGAAAGGUCACGAUUCCGGGAGUUCCGAGAGUCUACUGGUUCGGCGAGGAAUUUGGCGGACAACGCAUGAUGGUGAUGAGCCUCCUCGGGCCAAGCCUUGAGAACCUAUUCACCUAUUGUGAUCGGAGCUUUUGCAGGAAGACGAUCAUGGCGCUCGGGAACCAGAUGAUCGAUCGCCUCAAAUGGCUUCACGAGCGGGGCUACGUCCACCGGGACCUGAAGCCUGAGAAUUUCCUGGUUGGGAUCGAGAACGAGGAGCGGACGUUGUUUCUCAUUGACUUUGGGCUCGCUAGGAGAUAUAGGUAUCGCGACGGUGACAACCUGGUCCAUAUUCCGCAUCGAAAAGGCAAGAACCUGGUCGGGACAGCCAAAUACGCGAGUCUGAACUCUCAUCUCGGCAUGGAGUUGAGUCGACGGGAUGACAUCGAGAGCUUCGUCUACAUCAUGGCCGAGCUGUGCUGUGGCGAGCUGCCCUGGAAAGAAUCCAAAAGCAAAGGCCGCUACCGUACAAAGCAGCAGAGCUACAACCGCAUCCGGAACAUCAAGGAGACGGUCGAUUGGAAGCUUUCGUGCCCGCCCUUGGCUGAACUGUUUGCCUAUUCAAAGGCGAUGGGAUUCAUGGAGGCUCCUGACUACGAGAAAAUUCGAGCUUGGAUAGCCGGAAUCGGGACCUGGACCGGAGGAGAGGAUCGUCAGGAGAAUCGGAAUAAGGGCAGAAACAAGAGUACGAGCAGCUCCACUGCCGAGUCGUCACCGGCCGGAAACAAUCAGGAGAUGACCGAGCUGGCCGAGAGGGUCGGGCUUGUGCGAGUUACUACCAGCGACCCGCCGAACCCGGGCAUGGUGUGGAACAGCACGAGUACCCAGGAUCGCCAGAAGCGCAUUCCGGGCCGGCUUUUUAGGCCUUGUCGAUGGACAAAAACAGACCCGGACUGGGAUUACAACUGGAUCCUCCGCCGCGAGAGCUCCGACGAGGAACGGGCCCGAUAUUUGGCCCUUUUCAAAUGGGCACAGCCCGUGACAAUCGUCCCCAGCUAUCCCAACCCACCGCCCCAGAACCAGAUGUCGCAAUUUGAA